AUGGAGGUGUACUACACAGACAGUUACGGGUGGCAGACUAACGGGACGUUCGACGGUGUGAUAGGCAUGAUGCAGCGCGAGGAAAUCCAGAUAGCCGCCUCGUCGCUCUUCAUGAGGCGUGACAGAAUGCCGUACGUGGACUUCGCCGCAGAAGCUUUCUAUCUCAAGACGGCCGUGCUGUUCCGGCAGCCGACGCUGGCGAGCGUGGCGAACAUCUUCACGCUGCCGUUCAGCACGGCCGUGUGGGCGUGCUGCGUGCUGCUGUGCGUGCUCACGCUGCUGCUGUUCGGCGUGCAGCUCCGCCUGGCGGCCAGGCGCGGCAUCGAGGGCGAGCUCACGCACGUCACCUACCCCGAGCUCUUCACGUUCGUGCUCGGCUCCAUCUGCCAGCAAGGUCUGCCCCAGACGCCCACGUCGCUGUCUGGUCGCGUCACGGUGUUCGUCCUAGCGCUGACCUCGCUUUUCCUGUUCACCUCCUACUCGGCCAACAUCGUGGCCCUGCUGCAGUCACCCAGCCACUCCAUCCGCUCCGUCUCAGACUUGGCGUCCAGUCCGCUAACGCUGGGUGUCCAGGACAUCGCCUACAACAAGGUGUAUCUCGGGGAAACGACGGACAGAGAGCUCCGACAGUUCGUGCGCCGCAAGAUGCAGCCGCUGGGCAACCGAGUGUACUACAACGGCGCCGAGGGCAUGGAGCGCGUGCGGAAGGGCAUGUUCGGCUUCCAGGUGGACACCAGCACGGCCUACAAGAUCAUCAGCGAGACGUACACGGAGCGCGAGAAGUGCGGACUCAUGGAAGUCAACCUCUUCCCGCUGCCGCCGCUCUGCGUCGCCACCACCAAGCACGCUGGCUACCGGGAGAUGUUCUCGCAAAGAGUGGGCUGGCAGCGCGAGGUUGGGAUCCUGACGCGGCAGCGCCGGCUGUGGCUGCCCCAGAGACCCGUCUGCGAGAACAUGGUCAGCGGUUUCGUCAGCGUCGGCAUCAUGGACUUCUACCCCGCGCUGCUCGUGCUUCAGUACGGCAUAGCCGGCGCCAUCGCAGUACUCGCCCUGGAGUUGCUGUACUUCCACAGGAGCAGACUGUGGCAGCGUAUGAGAUGCAUCAGUUCGCUGUCUGCAGCAAAGCCACCAGACUUCUAUACCGCCGCCAUCGAUCAGAUAUCCCAGAAGCGACCCCAGAUGCAGCAUGUGUGCCAGGAGGCGCGUGCGGCCGUAUGGGAGCGCGCGGCGCGGCGCGCCGUACGUUCCCGCGUGCUGCUCGUCUGCAAUCAGCAGCACGAGUCGCAGCGGCGUCCCCACACGGCUGAAUAUCAGCCGCACCUGACAGCCUCGUAA